AUGGGUGAGAUCAGCCAAGAGGCUGUGGAGAAAUACCUGCAGGAAAACCCGCAGUUUGUCAAGGAGUACUUCAACAAGAAGCUGCAGGCGGAGGCGCUGGGGGAACCCUUGGAGAACAGGGGGACAAUGGGCCAGGCCAGCAUGUCACUCCUCCAGCUGACUCAGAUGGAGGAGUCGACUCUGUGCCUGGAGCUGCUUCAGUCUGUGCAGGAGGAGGCAGGCAGCCCCGAACUGGCAGCUCACAGGGCCCUACAGAGGCUGGCCCGGCUGCUGCAGGCUGACCGCUGUAGCAUGUUCCUGUGCCGAGCCCGCAAUGGCAUGCCGGAGGUGGCCUCCAGGCUGCUGGACAUCACCCCAACCUCCAAAUUUGAGGACAACCUGGUGGCCCCUGAUAGAGAAGUUGUGUUUCCACUGGAUAUCGGGAUUGUGGGUUGGACUGCUCACACGAAGAAAGCCCUGAAUGUCCCAGAUGUGAAAAAGAACAGCCAUUUUUCCGACUUCGUGGACAGACAAACUGGGUACGUCACUAGGAAUAUGCUGGCAAGCCCCAUUGUGGUCGGCAAGGAGGUCCUGGCUGUGGUCAUGGCAGUGAACAAAGUGAACGCAUCUGAGUUUUCCAAACAGGACGAGGAGGUCUUUUCCAAGUACCUCAGCUUUCUCUCUGUAAUUCUGAAGCUCCAACAUACCAGCUACCUGUAUAGUGUUGAAUCCCGGAGAAGUCAGAUCCUUAUGUGGUCAGCCAAUAAAGUAUUUGAAGAACUCAUAGAUGUUGAGCGACAGUUUCACAAAGCCCUGUACACAGUGAGAACAUACCUGAACUGUGAGCGAUACUCCAUUGGACUGCUGGACAUGACCAAGGAGAAGGAAUUCUACGAUGAAUGGCCAGUGAAGCUUGGAGAAGUGGCACCUUAUAAAGGUCCCAAGACACCAGAUGGCAGGGAGAUCAUCUUUUAUAAAAUCAUUGACUACAUUUUACAUGGAAAAGAAGAGAUCAAAGUGAUUCCGGCACCUCCCUCAGACCACUGGACUCUCAUCAGUGGAUUGCCAACAUAUGUUGCUGAAAAUGGAUUUAUAUGUAACAUGUUGAAUGCCCCUGCGGAUGAGUACUUCACCUUUCAGAAAGGACCCAUAGAUGAAACUGGUUGGGUCAUUAAAAACGUCUUAUCCCUGCCUAUCGUCAACAAGAAAGAAGACAUUGUGGGAGUAGCUACAUUUUACAACAGGAAGGAUGGAAAACCCUUCGAUGAGCAUGAUGAACACAUUACUGAGACUCUCACACAAUUCCUGGGAUGGUCUCUUUUAAAUACUGACACCUAUGAGAAAAUGAAUAAGCUGGAAAACAGAAAGGACAUUGUUCAGGAAAUGCUCAUGAAUCACACCAAAGCCACUCCUGAUGAAAUUAAGUCUAUUUUGAGGUUUAAAGAAAAGUUAAAUAUAGAUGCCAUUGAAGACUGUGAAGAAAAACAGCUUCUCACAAUUUUGGAAGAGGAGCUGCCGGAUCCCAGGACCACCGACCUGUAUGAGUUCCGCUUCAGCGACUUCCCCAUCACAGAGCACGAGCUGGUGAAAUGUGGCCUCCGACUCUUUUUUGAAAUCAAGGCAGUGGAGAAAUUCAAAGUGCCUGUGGAGGUUCUUACCAGAUGGAUGUACACCGUGAAGAAAGGGUAUCGCUCUGUCACUUACCACAACUGGCGGCACGGGUUCAAUGUGGGGCAGACCAUGUUCACCCUGCUGAUGACAGGAAGGCUAAAGAGAUAUUAUACGGACCUUGAAGCCUUUGCCAUGCUCGCUGCUGCUUUCUGCCAUGACAUUGACCACAGAGGCACCAACAAUUUGUACCAGAUGAAGUCCACAUCUCCACUAGCCAAGCUUCACGCGACGUCCAUUCUGGAGAGGCACCACUUGGAGUACAGUAAGACCCUCUUGCAGGAUGAGAGUUUAAACAUCUUCCAGAACCUAAAUAAACGGCAGUUUGAAACAGUCAUUCACUUGUUUGAGGUUGCGAUAAUAGCGACGGACCUGGCUUUGUAUUUCAAGAAGAGAACCAUGUUUCAAAAAAUCGUCGACGCCUGUGAACAAAUGAAAACUGAAGAAGAGGCCAUCAGAUACGUAACCACUGAUCCAACUAAAAAGGAGAUUAUCAUGGCAAUGAUGAUGACGGCGUGUGACCUGUCUGCCAUAACCAAGCCCUGGGAGGUGCAGAGCCAGGUAGCACUUCUGGUUGCAAAUGAAUUUUGGGAACAAGGAGAUCUGGAGAGAACAGUGCUACAGCAACAACCUAUUCCUAUGAUGGACAGAAACAAAAAGGAUGAACUGCCAAAACUUCAAGUUGGAUUUAUUGAUUUUGUUUGUACUUUUGUAUACAAGGAGUUCUCGCGGUUUCACAAAGAAAUCACACCUAUGCUGAGUGGCCUUCAGAGUAACAGAGUGGAAUGGAAAUCCCUAGCUGAUGAGUAUGAGGCAAAGGUGAAGGUACUUGAAGAGGAGGGGAAAAAGCAGGAAGAAGGAAACAUGGUCAGAAAAGCUGCUGAAGAUUUAGGACGUGGCAGUGAUGACAAGAAGUCUAAAACAUGUUUAAUGUUGUGA